CGCUGCGAUUGGUCAGACUUCGGAGUUGCCCCGCCCACCAGCCAAUCACCGCCUAGGAUUUCUGUCGGGGGUUUCUUUCUUCGCUGGACUUGGCGUCGGACGACAGACGGACCGCUGAGCGCAGCCGGUGUCUGGUCUCCGCGCUCCGCUCCGUCGCCAUGAGGCUCCGGAAAGCCGCCCUGCUCGUCCUUCUCCUGGCGCUGGCGCAGCUGCUGGUGGUGGCGGCGAGCGCGCAGGGCCUGGACGAAGACUCUAGUAAAGACAGUGCCCUCGAGGAGGAGGAAGAGGAGGACGAGGAGGAUGAGGAGGAUGAGGAGGAAGACGAUGACUCUGAAGUUAAGGAGGAGAAUGGGGUACUGGUUCUCAAGGACGCUAACUUUGACUCUUUUGUGGCUGACAAAGACACAGUGCUGCUGGAGUUCUAUGCCCCAUGGUGUGGGCACUGCAAACAGUUUGCGCCCGAGUAUGAGAAGAUUGCCAGUGUCUUGAAGGAGCAUGAGCCUCCGGUUCCCGUGGCGAAGAUAGAUGCCACCACAGAGUCGGGGCUGGCUGGCCGCUUCGAUGUGAGUGGCUACCCCACCAUCAAGAUACUCAAGAAGGGCCAGGCUGUGGACUAUGAGGGCUCCAGGACACAGGAAGAGAUCGUGGCCAAAGUGAAGGAGGUAGCCCAGCCCAGCUGGACACCACCACCAGAAGUCACACUCGUUUUGACCACAGACAACUUUGAUGAGGUGGUAGAUGCUGCCGAUAUCAUCCUUGUGGAGUUCUAUGCUCCCUGGUGUGGACACUGCAAGAAGCUGGCCCCCGAGUACGAGAAGGCAGCCAAGGAGCUAAGCAAGCGUUCGCCCCCCAUUCCCCUGGCCAAGGUGGAUGCCACUGUGGAGACUGAGCUGGCCAAGAGGUUUGAUGUCUCUGGCUACCCCACCCUGAAAAUCUUCCGCAAAGGAAAGCCCUUCGAUUACAAUGGCCCUCGGGAGAAAUAUGGCAUUGUGGACUACAUGGUGGAGCAGUCAGGGCCGCCGUCCAAGCCACUCACAUCCCCGAAGCAGGUUCAAGAAUUCCUGAAAGAUGGGGACGACGUGCUCAUCAUUGGGAUCUUCAAGGGGGACAGUGACCCUGCCUAUGAUCGGUACCAGGAGACGGCCAACAGUCUGCGGGAGGAUUACAAAUUCCACCACACAUUCAGUGGGGAUGUGGCCAAGUUCCUGAAGGUAUCCCCAGGCAAGUUGGUGAUGAUGCAGCCUGAAAAGUUCCAGUCCAAGUUUGAGCCCCCGAAGCAUGUGAUGGACAUAAAGGGCUCCACGGAGGGCACAGCCAUCCAGGAGUUCAUGCUUCGACAUACACUCCCCCUCGUGGGCCACCGGAAGCCCAGCAAUGAGGCCAAGCGCUAUGCACGGCGCCCCCUGGUGGUCGUGUACUACAGCGUAGACUUCAGCUUCGACUACCGUGCAGCCACCCAGUUCUGGCGAAGCAAGGUGCUAGUGGUGGCCAAGGACUUCCCAGAAUAUGCCUUCGCCGUGGCCGAUGAGGACGACUUUGCCUCUGAGGUGAAGGACCUGGGACUGAGUGAGAGUGGGGAGGAUGUGAAUGCUGCCAUCCUAGCAGACGGUGGCCGACGCUUCGCCAUGGAGCCCACCGACUUUGACUCAGAUGCACUGCGUGACUUUGUCAUGGACUUUCAGAAGGGAAAGCUGAAGCCUGUCAUCAAGUCCCAGCCUGUGCCCAAGGCCAACAAGGGGCCAGUGAAGGUGGUGGUGGGUAAGACCUUUGACUCCAUCGUCCUGGAUCCCAAGAAGGACGUGCUCAUCGAGUUCUAUGCGCCAUGGUGCGGCCACUGCAAGCAGCUAGAGCCCGUGUACACUGACCUGGGCAAGAAGUUCAAGGGCCACAAGGGGCUGGUCAUCGCCAAGAUGGACGCCACCGCCAAUGACAUCACCAGCGAUCAGUACAAGAUCGAUGGCUUCCCCACUAUCUACUUCGCCCCUCGUGGGGACAAAAAGAACCCAGUGAAAUUCGAGGGUGGGGACCGCAACCUGGAGCAGUUGAGCAAGUUUAUCGAGGAACACAUCACAGAGCCCAGUGGGGCCCGGGACGAGCUGUGAGGGGACACCAGGCUCCAUCGGGUCUUUGUGCGUCAUUAUUUUUAUACGCUGGUGUCUCCGCUCGGGCUCUGAAAACAAAAGCUCUCAAUGACUCAAUAUGCUGAUUUUUACAAAGCAUCUAUUUUUUUCAUUAUUUGGGGUUUGAUUUUUUUUUUUUAACCUUUCAAUUUCUUUAAUAUAUUUCCUCAAAGCAGACAA